AAAAGAUUUAAGAUCGGAUCUCUCGAUCCAAAACUCCGAGAACUAGUUUUACCAACUAGCGCCGAUUAAGUGGUACUAACAACCAUAGUGGAAGAGAUAUUCUCACACAUGUGACUAAUAUUAUUUUCUUUUUUAUUUUGUGCAUGUUACAAGUUAUAAAUAAAUACCCAUAAAUACCCAACAACAUUAAAUCUAAAUACCAAAAUGACUAAUUUACUGUGUUUUUGUUAUUUAUUACUCCUGUUUUUAGGUAUUCGGCUGAAUAGUGAAAAAUAGGCCAAAUACGCUGAAUACCGAACAGUAACCGAAUAUUCGUUACAUCACUAAUUUAAAACUUGCUGUGAAAAAAAUCCAAACGUCUGAACAAAAUCUUUAUAGAAUCUUCAUAACAAGUAAUAGCAAUAAUAAAAGUAAUAACCUCUUUACAAAGCACUAAAGAAUUCUACUUGAAAAGAUAUUUUACAUAAAACAAGUCUUUGUGAGAAUAUGACAGUUUCAUUAAUAGCUGUUCCUUAAUAAUAUAAAAUGUUUUUAAGUUGUACAUAUAUAAACAUCUCAAUACCCAAUGUUAUUAGUUAAUGCCAAACAAUACCAUAAUGCAUUGGGCUAUUAAAUUUAAUAAGAAAUGGCACCUAAAGUCUAUCUCUAGUAACAAAUUACUUAAAAUUAAUUAAUAAUGUAGACAGAAAAUAGCCUGAUGUACGAGGCGUGUUUUUAAAGUAAGUACCGUUUUAAUAUAACACUGCUGGAGCGCUGCAGUCAGCACUUAGCGCAUGCGCGCUGUGUACCUACAUCUGUUGGGAAGCUACAAACGCCAUUACGGAGCCAGUCGACUGUGUUUACUGUUGUUUGUGUGUUAUUGAAAUGCCGCCGCUCAUUGAGAAUCCCGCCGACUGAGAAGUGUGUGCCGUUAUUCAUUUUCUCAGUGCUAAAGGCUCAAAAGUGGCUGAAAUUCAUCGCCAAAUCUGUGAAGUUUAUGGUGAAAGCGUUAUGAGUGAAGGAAUGGUACAAAAAUGGGUUAGGGCCUUUAGUAAUGGCCGCACAAACAUUCACGAUGAGGAACGAAGUGGGCAACCUUCAGUCAUUAUCGACGAUUUGAUUGAAAAAGUGGACUGUAGAGUGAAAGAGAACAGACGAUUCACGAUUUCAUCUUUAUCUAAAGAGUUUCCUGCAGUUUCAAGAAGUGUUCUCUAUGAAAUUGUGACCGGACGAUUAAAUUAUCGGAAGUUGUGUUCCCGUUGGGUGCCGAAAAUGUUGACGGAGGAGCACAAAACCAAACGUUUGGCCAGUGCAUUGACUUUUCUUGAGCGCUACAGUGACGAAGGAGAUGAUUUUUUAAGUCGUAUUGUUACAGGCGAUGAAACGUGGGUAGCCUACGUUACACCGGAAUCAAAGCAACAAUCCAUGGAAUGGCGACAUUCAUCAUCUCCAAGGAAAGUCAAGUUCAAGCAAACAAUUUCUGCUCAGAAAAUCAUGUGCACGGUGUUUUGGGACAGAUACGGAGUGUUGCUUGUUGAUUUUUUGCCUCAUCGUGAAACAAUCAAUUCAGCUGCAUACUGCGAGACUUUAAAAAAACUGCGCCGUGCAAUACAAAACAAAAGGCGGGGCUUACUGAGCAAGGGUGUCGUUUUGCUCCACGAUAAUGCUCGUCCACAUACGGCAAAUCAAACUCAAGACCUAAUCACAUCAUUUGGCUGGGAACAAUUAGACCACCCUCCAUACAGUCCCGACCUAGCGCCGAGUGACUAUCAUUUGUUUCUGCAUUUGAAGAAGCAUCUGGCAGGGCAGCGCCAUAACAAUCACGACGAAGUCAAAACGACCGUUCUGCAGUGGUUGUCUCAUCAGGCGGCAACAUUCUUUGAGGACGGAAUACAAAAGCUGGUCCCACGAUACGAUAAGUGUCUCAAUAUUAAUGGGAAUUAUGUAGAAAAGUAGUGUAAAAUAUGGGCUUUCACAUAAAUAAAAAUUUUGUUAAAAAUGUUUGCUUGUUUUUUUUAUAUUUCAAAACGGUACUUAC